AUGUUGCGUUUCGGACUUUUCUUCACGUUUCUUUUCUUUUUUCUGUUGGCAAUCGCCGUCGAGGCCCGCUACGGCGACAGCUACUACAAGAUGUUGGGGUUCGUUUUCUUCAUUAAAUUUUGAAAUUUAGUAGUGGUCUAGAAAUUUCAAAAAAAAAUCCACCUUUUUGUAUCUUUUAACACGCUACCUAACAAUUGUAGACGUUGUUCUCUUUUUUUUGAUAAUAAAAGAGCAGUUAAAGAGUAUUGGCUAAAUACAGCCCGCCAUUUUUUCUACUACGAUAUUCUCGUUUUUUUAUUCAUUGAUAAAAUCAGAGUGAUCGAUCUAAGAGAAGUCCCUGACCCGAUCUGAUAUGAUAUUUCUGGCAAGAGCUUCAAGACUGUUUGCAGACGGAUGCACAGUGCUGGCCGAGACCCGAUAAUAGCCAGUCGGGUGCCAAAAAUGGACCGCAACUGCUUCUUCUCGCCAGUCCAGUGCAUGCUCGACACCAGCCGCACUAUCGACGAGAACUUCUAA